AUGUUUGGAUUAGAUGGCGAUCAAUUCAAAUGCAUCAAAACAGGAUUCGAUCAUAAAUUGUUUGAUGUUUGCUCAACUGAUGCAAAUGAUGAUUUGGGUAAGUGUCAAGUAAUGUAGUUAUACAUAGAUAUUCAAAAACACUAUUUCAGCUAGGAACGGUUUUGUGGAGCUUGUGAACUAAUUGCACUUCAUUACAAUAUAAGAAGUGAAGUUCAUCAAAAUCUCUCAUCAAUAUCCAGGUCCAUGCAGACACUCAACUCGACAUUAAUGAGCGAAGGCCCUCAAUCAGUAAGUUUUAUAUUCAUAUGAAUUUAACUAAAUUUUCGGCACGGCGAGAAAAAUACAACUUUUUGUUCUUCUUCCCCCUCCCGCAGAAAAUAGAGAGGAGUAGAGAAUGUGCGCUAAUGAUAAUGUAUGCGAGAGGAAAUUUUUAGGAUUUUCAAUUUUCUGCAGUCAUUUUCUCGCCUCUACUCUUUUUCUUUUCCCGCUCUCCCCGAUUUUCUCACUCUCACGUUUUGCAACACCGGUUUCUCUGUUUCAUUUUCCAAGGGUGGGGGAGGUUUAAAAUUCUCGCCGUGUCGGAAGUUUGAAGUUUUGAUUGCAACUUAAUUCAGUGCACAUAAUCAUCAUUAAUUUUUCAGAUGCAAGAAAACAUUGAGCCAUCAGAAAGAGGAAGCCGGAGCUCAAGUGUCUCAACAAUCUGUGAAGGAAUGGAAAUUUUGGAUCAGCAAGAUUUGGGCGUGGAAGUAAUUGAAUUAAUCGAAAUAAUUGAUGAAUUGGAUAUCACUCAAAAUUCGACAAUCGAUGAACGAAUUGGACAAUUGCAACAUGAGGAUAAUUAUCUCCAGAUGCUCUUAUCUAAUAAUCAAUCAUUGCAAGAAGCAUUUCAAGAAUUGAAAACCGAUGUGCCAACAAAUACCAUCGAAAAACUAUUGUCGAAAAAAACCGUUACAGUUGAAGAAAAGGUUAGUUAAUAAAAUGGGUCCCUAGAAUCGGGGUGAGAUGCUUAACUUUUUGAAAAAUCUGAAGGGAAGGGUGCCUAACUUGGCCAAUGUUCUGUUGAUAAUUCACCAAAAUUCCCCUUAAUUUUUCAAUAAUAGUUUCAAAAUUUCAGCUCAAACUAAUCGAGCAACUGAAAAAAUCGAAUGAUGAGCUUAACUCGAUCAAAAGCAACACACAUGGUGAACUGAAGAAAUUGCGAUUGAUAUUGAGCGACAAGUUAUACGAUGUAAGUUCUUUGCUUCAUUCCACUAUUUCGAUAUAUUUUCCAUUUACUUUUCAGAACUUGAGACCACUGUGGUUGAUCGAAGAGGAUACCGGUCUGAAGGAUGAUAUCAUCGCGAUUUCCAAAGAUAACUUGAUAAGUGUCGACCUUCUGCGAGCAAUCGGCGGAAUUUUCGACAAAAAUGGAAAAGGUGAAGUUUUAAAAUAUUUGAAAAGAUUGGAUGGUAACAGAAAGAGUGCUGAUAACAAUAAGGUGAUUUGAUGAAGCAUCAUUUAAUUUUUUCAUCUUGGUAAUAUUUCAGGAGAUUCAAAAGAAGAAAAAAGAAGAAAAAGGAAAAAAAGAUAAGUGA